AUGGCUUUUACCCAGAAGGAAUGGGAGCAACUAGAUCCUGUCCAGAGGAACCUGUAUAAGGAUGUGAUGCUGGAGAACUACAGCAACCUUGCCUCAAUGGGUUAUCAAGCUCUCAAACCAGACAUGAUCUCCAAGUUGGAAAAAGGAGAAGAGCCAUGGUUGGGGAAGGGCAAAAAACCUAGACAAGGUGGUCCCAGUGAAAUAGCAAGACCCAAGCAAAUAGGAACCAAUGGAAAAGAAGUCCAGCAAGAUAACGACCAGCUAGUGAAUCACCAGGAAUCUCAAAACAAACUCCUUAGGGAAGUUGCAUUCAAGAAAAAAAGUCUGACUAAGAAGAAAGGCCAUGAAUGUAGCUCAUUGGGGGAAAUAAAUGUGAGUACAAAACAUGUUCCUUCAAAAAGAAAGCUUAAAUUUGAUUCACAUGGAAAGAGUUUGAAACAGAAUUUAGACUUACUUGGUCAUAUAAGAAACUAUGCAAAAAAGAAACCUAAUGUAACUAAAGAGCACAAGAAAUCUUUCAGCCAUAGCUUACCUGAUACAAAGAAAAACAAAAAUCAAACUGGAAAGAAACAGAAAUUAUCCAACCAUAGCUUAUCUAAUAAGCAUGACAAAACUCAAACUGGCAAGAAACAUGAGAAAUUAUCUCAUCAUAGCUCAUCCCAUACUAAAUGCGACAAAAUUCAAACUGGAAAGAAACACGAGAAAUCAUCCAGCCGUAGCUCAUCUACUAAGUGUGACAAAACUCAAGCUAAAGCCAAACCCUAUGAAUGUAAUCAGUGUGGGAAGGUUCUCAGUCACAAGCAAGGACUCACUGACCAUCAGAGAAUUCAUACUGGGGAGAAACCAUAUGAAUGCGAUGAAUGUGGGAUAGCCUUUAGCCAAAAGUCACACCUCGUUGUGCAUCAGAGAACUCACACUGGAGAAAAGCCAUAUGAGUGUACUCAGUGUGGCAAAGCCCACAGUCAUAAACAUGCCCUCACUGACCAUCUGAGAGUUCAUACUGGGGAAAAGCCCUAUAAAUGUACUGAGUGUGGGAAAACCUUUAGACACAGCUCAAACCUUAUUCAACAUGUAAGAUCUCAUACAGGUGAGAAGCCCUAUGAAUGUAAGGAAUGUGGAAAAUCCUUUAGGUAUAACUCAUCUCUUACAGAACAUGUGAGGACUCAUACAGGUGAAAUACCAUAUGAAUGUCAUGAAUGUGGAAAGGCUUUUAAGUAUAGCUCGUCCCUUACUAAACAUAUGAGAAUUCAUACAGGUGAGAAGCCCUUUGAAUGUAAUGAAUGUGGGAAAGCUUUCAGCAAGAAGUCACACCUCAUUAUACAUCAAAGAACUCAUACUAAGGAGAAACCCUACAAAUGUAAUGAAUGUGGAAAAGCAUUUGGGCAUAGCUCAUCUCUUACUUACCACACGAGAACUCAUACAGGUGAAAGUCCUUUUGAAUGUAACCAAUGUGGAAAGGCCUUCAAACAAAUUGAAGGUCUUACUCAACAUCAGAGAGUUCAUACUGGGGAAAAACCCUAUGAAUGUAAUGAAUGUGGGAAAGCUUUUAGCCAAAAGUCACAUCUCAUUGUACAUCAGAGGACUCAUACUGGGGAGAAACCUUUUGAAUGUAAUGAAUGUGGAAAAGCUUUCAAUGUAAAGUCACAGCUUGUUAUACAUCAGAGAUCCCACACUGGAGAGAAACCCUAUGAAUGUAAUGAAUGUGGGAAAGCUUUCAAACAAAAUGCAUCCCUUACCAAACAUGUGAAAACUCAUUCAGAAGAAAAAUCUCAGUGA